AAAUCUAGAUUUUAUUCUUUGAUCUAAGAUUGUCAAAAAGGAACAGUGUAAGACUUGCUUCAUAAGUCUGGCCUAAAACGACAUUACGAAACCAAAAAAAAAAGUAUAUAACUGUAAACAUUGUUUCUACUGAUCAAAACAACUCCGGAGUCCCACUUAGCUAUGUCCGAUUUCAUUUGGAGCUAUAAAAAUUUAAAAGAUGAUCACAAAAAUUCUGAUUAUGAUAGUUUCAAACAUCUAUUAUACGGUUCCCGUAACACGCCACAAAGUGACCGUGCUCGCUUCUUUAGCCUCAACCACGGGAUAAAUAAUUCUGGAGAAAACUGGGACAAUCAAUACAAAGCAAGGCGGCGAACAGACUUUAGAAAUAAAUUUAGCGGCAGCGAAAGGGCUUAUCAAGACAUUGGAAGUACAUACCGACGGGAUAGUUACUGCAGGAAGGAUGACAGAAAAGAGUAUUGGGAUUUUGAUGAACUUGAAAGGUUGUCCUCGUGUUUGAUCCAAUUUCUUGGCGAAGCUAGAAAGGACGGCAAGUUACGGAAAAAGUUGGAACAUCCGGCACAAAGCAAUGUUAUACAACAGUCAAAACCGCGCAAUGCAAUUAGUGUCGGAGACCCACCGCCGCACAAUGUCGCGAAGGUUCAGUCAAGUACAGACACAAUACCAGCAUCUUUCAGCAACGUAAACACACAAACAAACGCCGACAGUCCGUUGUCGGUUGGUUUAUGGAACACUCCUUUCAGCACUUCUGAGUUACGGAAUAAGUUAGAACAUCCGGCACAAAGCAUUGCUAUACAACAGUCAAAACCUCGCAAUGAAAUGAGUAUCGGAGACCCACCGCCACACAAUGUCGCAGAGGUUCAGUCAAGUACAGACAUAAGACCAGCAUCUUUCAGCAACGGAAACACACAAACAAACGCCGACAGUCCGUUGUCGGUUGGCUUAUGCAACACUCCUUUCAGCAUUUCUGAGGUCGACAGUAUCCUAAACGACUUGCAUGACCUUGACUCCCAAGAAAACAUGGAGGAUGAUCUAAACUACAUUACGCCAUCCCUUUGCCAUGCUGCGCCUGUGGCACCAGUGGUCCCGAACUGCAUGUUCCCUAUGCACAAAGGACCAGCUCCAACAACUCUUGCAACCGCUCCACGAGAAAACAGUGCCAAACCAUGGGACAAGGAAAGAAAAAAGAAAGAAAACCAUAACAUGGUUGAAAGGAGGAGAAGAAUUCAUAUAAACGAAAGAAUAAAGGAGCUUGGAUCGUUGCUGCCUAAUAAUGGGGACACCAAAUUACGACACAACAAAGGGUCUGUGCUUAAGGCAACCGUCGACUACAUCAAACAACUGCAGAAAGAAAAAGAACGUUUCGACAAGAUAGAGGAAAUGGUCAGACAAAACUACAUUUUAUACAAGAAGAUGUUGUUACGAAUACAGAGGCUGGAGGCUAUAAUGAAUAUUCUGAGUUUGAACAAAAUCUUUCAAGACAGCUUACAAGAAAUAGCUUCCAUUGCACAGACGCAUAAAGUGAAUACUAUGACCAUAUCUUCACAAGUUAAAUCAGGAGGACCCCAGUCGGUCCCGUCGGGGACCAACGCUCAUGCAAAUACAACAUCGGCCAGGAACCAGUCCGCCGCAAUGUUUUCAGCAGAGACGGAGAACAUGGACUAUGAUGACGUCAUGAGUGAUUGUUCUGAUGACUCAUUGUAUUCGUCCUCAUCUGGAAGUCCGAACAGCUUAGCCUAAGAGGCACUUAUAGAGAGUGAAUAAACUAUAUUUAUAAAGAUAUAUGUAACUUUUUAAUUGUACAGCAAUCGCUUACAUUUCCUUUGUUCAAGAGUCAUGUUAUAUGUUAAAUGGGAUAUGAAAGUCUGCAAACGAUUCAUAAAGAGAAUACGUAGAAUCAUAAAGACCAUUUAAAACCAUUCUUUCAACGCUUAAAAAAUCAGAAUCGGAUGUGUUUUUAAAACAUUUAACAUUUUUAGACUUGGAUUACAAAUUUAGAAUGGCGGAUUUUGAACUUUUUGACUUCUCUGACACACUUAAUCAGAGUAUUUGUUAUAAUGUCUUUGAAUUUAAAUAUAAGUAUGCUAUAAUAUCUAGCUUCUUUCUCCCUUGUGAAAGAGAUACUAUAUUGCUAAGACUUGAAUAACUAUCACACUUACUUAAGUGUUUCAACGUUGCAUUUAUUCGCGAUUGUAACCACUAAGAUGAACCGCCGGCUGACAUUUGCAUUAUUUUCGUAAAAUAUAAGAUACAGAAGCCUGUGCUAUUUCCUCAAAACAAGCUGACAAAUUUUAUAUAAUUUUGACAACAGCGAAAAUGAAAAUUAACAAUUCGAACACAAAAACACUUAACAUUAAUAAUUUAUAUAUUAUGUCACCAUAAAUGGGACCACAAAGUCAAAGUAAUAACUGACUGGUUGGCUCUUAAAACACAAUAAGUAUAUUAUGUGAGACUUAUAUUUGACUUCACAAGAAAAGGGGCACAUUUGUGUUGCUAUUAUGUUGUCUUUAUGUCUAAUGUAACUAUUAAACAAGAGUUUACAACCUA